GUGUCCACCAGCGAGGGCAUCACCAAAGUCUUCGAGAAGGCGAAGCGCUACAGGGAAAGCCGGGCGAAGGAUGCCUUAAUCCUCGUGCACUUCGACGAGAUCGGCCUAGCGGAAGCCAGUCCCAACAACCCGCUCAAGGUGCUGCAUGCACACCUCGAGCCUGGCUACCCGAAGGACAGGCCGGACUAUGCUGUGGUGGGGUUGUCCAACUUUCCUCUGGACGCCGCCAAGAUGAAUCGUGGCAUCACCCUCGUGCGACCGCCGCCUCCCACCACAGACCUGCAGAAGACCAUGCAGACCCUUUGCAAGGGCUUGACGGACAAGUUGGACCUCGAAAACCUUGCGAAAGCAUACUACCAAUACUACGAGGAGCAGCCUGUCCAAGACUACCAUGGCCUGCGAGACUUCUACUUUUUCGUCAAAGCCUUGGCGAAGAAAUGGCCGAAAGAUCACAAGACCAGGCAGUCUACCAUCUUCCGCGCGGCCUUCCGAAAUUUCUGCGGCCUCCCGGACGAAGUUCUACCGCACUCCGAGUACGCCAAGAGCACCCCGUGCCUGUUUAUCCAGAAACAGUGGCGCUGCCUUGGACUGGAGCAAUGGAUGAGCAAAAAGACUCUGAACGUGCUGGACCUUGUGGCAGAGAAUUUGAAUGACAAGCUUUGUGCUCGGCACCUGCUGCUCGUCUGCAGUGGCGGCACAGAGACGGCCAUCGGCUUGGUCCAGACAGCAGCCUCACAUGCCGGACGGCAGAUUCAGAUCAUGGUGGGAUCCACUUUCCCAGAAGAUCGCUCCGACCACUAUGCUUUCAGCCUGCUGAAGCGAAUCACCCUGUCGAUGGAAAAAGGAGAUGUGUUGGUCAUGCGGGGCCUCGACGUCGUGCAUGGUUCGUUGUAUGACAUGCUCAACAUGAGCUACACGACCAUGGGUGGCAAGCAGCUCUGUCGAAUCGCGCUGGGUGAUGCAGACAUGCUGACGGAGGUGCACGAGAGCUUCAGAUGUGUGGUACUACAGGAAAAGACACAGUUGGACAAGUUGGAUGCUGCCUUCCUCAACCGAUUUGAGAAGCACUGUGUGGGCAUUGAGGCUGGAAUGUCAGAGGAAGUGCCUCUCAAGACCGUCCAGAUGCUCCGACAGCAGGUGAACCUAGCAGCCAUGCCGCGGGUUGAAGAGAUUUUCGUGGGCUGGGGCCCGGAAACGGCUGCGUCCUUGGUUGCCCAAGUCUCAGCAGAAGCUGGUUCCGCCUGCGACAAUCCACUCCAGCUCCUCCGACACUGCUGGCUUCGAUUGGCUUCCGUGGCCACCACGGACGGAAUGCUGCGGGCUACUGAGCUGUCAGAACUGGCGGGACGGUAUCCAAAGUGGCCUCAGGAGUGGAGGGAGCAAGUCUUCGCUCAACCACAGUCACUGCCCGAGUGGAUCAAAGCAAACGGCUGGCAGCACCCAGUUGAGCCGGAAACGCCGCCCACCGGGCGCUUCGCCGUGAUGAUCACCAUGUCGCCGCUUCACAUCAACUUGACUGAACUGUUGAAGGAGCAGGUUCCGGGGAUUGCUUGCGUGGCGGUGGACGCACUGACCUCCGAGCUCGACCUCGAGAAGAAGCUUCAGGAGUUCGGCGCAACUUCGCUUCCUUCGGGAUCUUUGCUGCUGCUGCAGUGCCGCGCCAACUCUCCCCAUGUGGAGCUCGUACGCCACCGUGUCUACAGCCAGCUGCCAGGUGACCGAAGGGCUUUGCUGCUGCUCCACGGCGACCGCAAGGUGCUGGCACCUUCGGACUCAAG